AAUCUUAAAAAUAAAAAAAAAGGCUGUGUGUAUAUAUAUAACCAUCUUCCUUCUCUAUCCUCUCUGUCGUUCUGGUUUUUUUUUUUUUUUUGCGCAAUGUUUCUUCCAUUUCUCUCUUCCUCUCUCUUCCUCCGCCUCUCUUCUCCGAUCAUGUCCCCUGAUCCCUUAUCCUGCUCAUCUUUCCCUAAUUAAUAUUCUUAUAUCUUCCGAUCGAGAUCCAUUCAUCGACGGAGAGAAUUCAGAUCAACCGCCGAUUAAUAUUAGAAGAAACUAAACCCUAGAGAGAUAUGGAGAGUUCCUUAGGAUUCAUGGCGGUUUUCGCCGUCUCAGGGAGCGUUGUGUUCCUCGCGAGUCAAUUCCACAAGCGUCUCCUCUCCGAUUACAUGGAGAAGUUCGAAUUCGAAAUCCGAUCGCGGGAUAAUGUGGUGAUGAAGAAGAAGGUGAGAUUCGCUGCGGAUGUGGUGGAGCCGUCGGGGAAUAACAAAGAGUAUCGCCGGAGACACUCCUCCAAGGCUAAAUUCGAUAAGCAAUCGAAGAUGGCGGUAACUGUUUGAAGGUCUUUUCUUUUUGUACAAAAAAAAAAUUGAGUCAUUUGUAAUUAUUCAUUGGAUUGUGAUUUGAAAUCAUAAUUAGUUUCAGAUUUUUCUCUCAUCUGAAUAUGCCCAAAACCUUUUAGGUCUUCCCAUGGUCAAUAUUUUUCUUACUAUUUAACCUUUUUGUCAUUUUUGUGGGUUUUUUCCCUGUAAAUAAUUUUGUUUGUGUAAAGACAAAAUGUGAUUGCUAAUUACUUAUUUAUCGUGUGGUGUUUUUAAUUAUGUAUUGUGUGUGAUUUAUGAUGAUUGGUAAUGUAAUAGAGUGCCGUAAUCUCGUAACAUAUUGGUUUGCAAUGACUUAAAGCACGUAAAUAAUUAACAAUUUACGCUUUAUAUAAUAAUCUCAUGUUUAC